CAACGUUAUCCCACGGAAACACAUCUCACGGCGCAAACCGCAUAGGAAAUCUCCUCUUCCCAAUCCCCGCGCUCUUGACCACUGCCGCCUCCCACCCGAAAUAUGGCUUCUCAUCAUCCGCGAGGCAACCCUCAUGACCCCCGACCCUCUCGAUACCACAGACGAGCUCUCGUUUCUUGAGUCCCCAGCACUCCAGCUCGCCGCAUACUACGCUUCUAUGCGAUUCAAAGCGAAUAUUUCUCUCGUCAGCAAGCGCUGGAACGCCUUCGUCAAGGUUUACAUGUACGAAUUUGUGUGGAUCAGCCGCGCUGUGCAGGCUAAGGCUCUCGCGCACACUCUGCUUCUCGAGUUCGUCGAAGGCCUCGGUUCCAGCGGGCGCUUCAUUCGCCGCCUGCACAUCGAGACACCUGUCCUUGAGCGCUGCUCCCCCGCAGAUCUCCAGACCAUCCUCGAGUAUUCCCCCCAGCUGACGAUCUACACCGACCACCAAUCAAUUCAGCGUAACCGAUACGACAUCGUGCCUGAUCCCCGUUGCAGCCCCGAACGCUUGCUCUCGCUCCUCGCGCACCCAAAUAGCACCCUCCGCCGCCUCGCGUGGACGAGCUACGACGACGUGCCGUUUCACCUGCGUAUGUCUCCCCUGCAGGACAUGCCGACGCGCCGCCUAGAGUACCUCGAGCUCUCGUCCUGCUCGCCCAACUUCCACGCGCUCUUCUCCGAGUCUGCGGACCUUGCCUCCGCAGCAAUGCGCGUGUCCCUUCCUGCCCUGCGCAGCCUUAAGGUCAGCCUCGACAACGGCAUGUUCGCCGUGCUUGCCUCGUGGGACAUGCCCGCCUUGCGCAACCUCUCCGUCGUCUCCGCCGAUUUUAGCUACACCGGCAAAGGCUUCUUCCGCUUCUUUGCCGCGCACGGUGCCGCACUGCAGCAGCUCGAGCUCGGCCAUUCGUCCUCACUCAUCGAGGAGCAUUACCUUACCACUCACCCGCGACGCCAUCGGCAGUUGCACGGCACAGACGUCGACGCGGACGAGGGGCGCGAGCCGCUCUCGCUCGCACGCUGGUGUCCGAACCUACGCGAGCUCAUCUGCUCCGCCGAUGCUGAAUGGCAUUGGGAGUCACCCGACUGGAUCGCGCCUCACAUCCUUUUGCCCCGCCACCCCCGCCUCACGAUGAUUGCGAUUCGCGACAUCGACGCGCGCAUUACGAGCGCACUCGACAUGACCGAAGGCGGAGGCAUUCACGCGGCGGCUGCCGGUGCCGCCGGCGACGACACCGCGUUCUUUCCGCUCCUCGAGCAGAUGUCGUCGCUGCUCCUCCGCGACGCGUUCCCCGCGCUCAAGUACGUGCGCGACCUCAGCGUGGAGUCGCACGAGAUGCGCGCGCAGUACCCACACCCUGCGGUGGCCAAGUUUUGGAGGCGAGUGCUCCGCCGCUGUCAAGAGCGAGACGUGUGGCUGGAGGACUACACAGGCGUGAAUAUCACCCCGAGCGCGCUCAAGCGCGCGAGUCACAUGAUCCUGUAGGCAGGCCCUUGCGGAUAUGUAUGUAUGUAUAUGCUCCCGGCGAAGCUUUCGAUAAUGCGGCCUCCUCUUUCCCUUCCCCUUCACCUUCUUUUAUUCUCGCUUCCGCUGUGCUCCCCUGGAUAAAUUGUCAAUUUUUUUUUCUCCCUCUUGCAUACCCAUUCCUCAUCUCGCGGUCUUUCUUGGCUGGCACUCAUUGUGUAAAAGCAUAUCUCCUCCCCGGUUCAUCCUCCGUGCGUGCGCUUCCAUGUCCACCCUCUCUGCAUCCAUGCCGUCUUUCUUCGGUCCUUACGCCUCGUUGUCGUGCAAUCCAUCUCUUCCCUCCAUCGUCGUAGUCUCCUCAGCAUCAUCUGCUUCCGUCGUGGCUUUCUUGUGUGAUCUAGAAGUAGCUCUGUAGUGCAUCAAAUGGACAUUUGGUUUGUCGACUCC